CAAAAACAAGUGGCAACAUGGCCUUCUGUAGAUGAAGUAAAUAAAGUGACGUGCCAGUUAACCUCAAUCAAUGAGCUGAUUUGAAAACAUCCACAAAAUUUUGCAAAAACCCAAUUUUAGAGGAUUUUAACGACAAUUUUAUCCGCCCAGGCAUGAAUUGCUUCUGUUUCUAACCUGAUUUAAACCUGUAAAAAGCACGCGACAAUCUCAUCCAGGUGCUUAAAUAACUGUUUUUUUGGAGUUUAUGGACGAUUCAAAGUUCUAACUGCUUAAUUCCAUCCAACUUUAAGUUAGAAGCCAAUAAAAACAUAAAAAUGUCGAAGAACAGCAUCAAAAUAUUCCCCGGUGCGAUCGUUUGCGAGGAGGCAAAGCUGAGGGGCGACAUCACGGUGGGAUCAGGAACAAUCAUUCACCCCUGUGCCACAAUCGUAGCUGAGGCAGGCCCCAUUAUCAUUGGCGAGCAGUGCUUGAUUGAGGAACAAGCGAAAAUUGUUCACAGGUUGCCUCUGGAUCAGCAAAACAAGGAAAACACGCCUGUUCUAAUAAUAGGAUCUCAUAACGUCUUUGAAGUGGGCUGUACAGUUGAGGCCCUCAAAAUCGGCAAUAAUAACGUUUUUGAGGCCAAAUGCUUUGUGGGAAACAAAGUGACCGUCACUAAUGGAUGCACAUUUGGGACUGGUUGUGUUGUAACUGAUGAGCAAAUCUUGAAGGAAAAUGUCUCGAUAUUUGGGGCUAAGUGCCACAUGAGGGAGAGUUUGGACAAACCGGCGCCUCAAACGUUGCAAAUGGAAACGUUGGUAAAGCUGUUGCCUAAUUACCAUCACAUUAGGAAACCGAAUUGCAAACAUUAAAGCUCUGAUAACAAAUUAUUUAUUCCCACUGUUAUAUAAGUAGAUUCUCGUGCAUUUCCUCACUGUAACGCUUAUUCGAGUCUUACCAAAUCUGCUGCAAUCUGUAGAAUACUUAUAUCAUAAUACCAUUUUAUAUAUAAUCUUAAUGCCAAUAAAACCGUUGAUACAAUGA